AUGCCAAUGGCCUACGAAGCGUUAUGGCACGAGUACAAGCAGAUGCCCGUGGUGACGCGGGCUUAUACCACAGCCUGUGUCAUCACGACCCUUGCUGUGCAAUUAGAUUUGGUAUCCCCAUUUCAACUGUAUUUCAAUCCUAUUCUUAUUGUGGAGCAAUACCAGAUAUGGCGAUUAAUAACAACAUUUCUGUUCUUUGGAAAUGUUGGAUUCAAUCUAUUAUUCAAUAUGAUCUUCACAUAUCGAUAUUGUCGUAUGUUGGAGGAAGGAUCUUUCCGCAGGAGAACAGCUGAUUUUGUGAUGAUGUUUAUCUUUGGUGGAUUAUGCAUGAUUACUUUUGCAUUUUUCGUCAAUUUGCUAUUCCUGGGGCAUGCAUUUACAAUAAUGUUGGUGUACGUGUGGUCACGACGAAAUCCUUUUGUCAGGAUGAACUUCUUCGGACUUUUAAACUUCCAAGCUCCGUAUUUACCGUGGGUGCUGUUAGGCUUCUCUGUAUUGCUUGGCAAUACGAUAUGGGUUGAUCUUGUUGGAAUGGCAGUAGGGCAUACUUACUAUUUCGCAGAGGAUGUAUUUCCUCGGAUAAGAGGUGGUUUCCGAAUUCUAAAAACUCCUCAAAUAUUACUUUGUUUGAUGCAUAUCCUGAGGAUCCAGAUUAUAUGCCACCACCAGAAGAUCGGCCAGGCGGCUUCAAUUGGGGACAAGAAGCCAAUGUACAAUAAUCGAAAAAUUCAGCAUUCUCCUCUUGAUGCUGUUUUUUGCGUUGAAUUGUCCGAGGACAAUUGCUAUCAUUGUUCCUUUUGAAUUAUGUAUAACGAUUUUUAGUGUCCGGAUUUGUAUGCAAAGAUGUAUAACGAGAUACACGUAAAAAAUAAUAUAUGUAUAGGGUGUAUAAGAGAUCGAGCGAUUUCAUUUCAUUAAAGAUCUUUCGAAAAACAUAAUAAAAGCAUAAGCUGAUAUUUUUUUAAUGAAAAUUCGAUACCUACAUAAGAUUUUACUUAAAGAUUGUGAUUAAUAAUCUUCAAUAAUAAUCAAAAUGUCAUCGAAGGAAAGUCAAACUUUUCAAGGAAUCAAUAAAUAUAAAAGAAAGGGUUCAAACCAAGUAUUGGUCUUCCUUUUAUAUUUAUUAUUUUUUUUAAUUUUUGAGCCUUAGUCUGUAUAUAAUUGUUGACUUCUCAAGGAAUUUGUAGACAUGAGAAAACGCGCGAGUAUUUAUACACUCUGCAUAUAGUCGAAGAAGCUACAGAGAAACGCACUUAAAUAAUCGGUAAACUUUAUUGAUUUCCCUAAAUUCCAUUUACACAUUCAUAUGUUUUCCGAUAUUCGUUUCUACAUACAGAAUCCAAAUUCUAUUGAUAUUAGCUUUGGAAACCAAGUGUUGCGCUUCUAAUGCUAUUGUAGAAAAUCUGAAUUAAAUUGUUUUAAUCAGAAUACCGCGAACAGAAGGCCGUGAAUUUUAUUUUGUUUUUCAACUAUAGGUUCUUCAUUAAGUUUGAAAUGAGUUAAAUUGUAAGAUUAGUAAUUUUAGUUGUUAUUAUAUAGAUAUUUCAGUCUAUAAGCUUUAUACGAUUCUAAUGUCGUAUAUAGUAGCUUAUUUCAUUCUAAACAUAUGUACCGAGUAAAGUGUUUUAGUAAUAAUAAAUAUUAAAGUUUGUCGUAUCCCGCAGAUUUAUAUCUGCUGCAGAAUUUAAAAUUCUCUAAUUCGAUAGAAAUAAAAUUUUAAUGUACGCGAAUGCAACUGAAUUAGCAUUCCGAGGGUUAUACCCAUCUGUCGCUAGAGAAUAAACUUCCGGUUCAACACGGGAAUUGUAAUUUUCCACUCGCAAAUUAAUUAGAUUUAUUAUAUUGAGAAUGUCACUUUUGUAA